AUGACCGAUAAAAAUAAAGAUAACCUACCAUGGGUUGAGAAAUAUCGUCCGGAAAACCUUACUGAAGUUUACGGACAACAAGACAUUGUCAACACCAUACGAAGAUUUGUUGAAACGGGCAAAUUACCCCAUUUACUAUUCUACGGACCACCAGGUACUGGUAAAACAUCAACGAUUAUAGCCUUGGCUCGUGAGAUCUACGGCCCCAAUUAUAAGAAUAUGGUUUUGGAAUUGAAUGCGUCUGAUGAUCGAGGCAUCGAUGUCGUGCGUAACCAAAUCAAGAGUUUUGCAUCAACGAGACAGAUAUUCACUAGUUCAUCAUCACCACAGUUCAAAUUGAUCAUCUUGGAUGAAGCUGAUGCCAUGACGAGUGUGGCGCAAAAUUCAUUACGAAGGAUUAUUGAAAAAUACACCAAGAAUUGUCGGUUUUGCAUUUUGGCCAACUAUGCCCAUAAAUUGAAUCCGGCGUUGAUUUCAAGGUGUACUAGGUUUCGAUUCCAUCCCAUUGGCGAAGAGGCGAUACGCAGUAGGAUGGAUAAUGUGAUUAUCAAGGAGAAGGUCAAUAUCACGCCCGAUGCAUUGAAUGCCUUGUUGCGUUUAUCUCAAGGGGACAUGAGACGAAGUUUGAAUGUUCUUCAAGCAUGUAAAGCAGCAUGCAAUGAAGAUGAAACGAUAGAUAUUGAAAUGAUUUACAAUUGUAUUGGAGCUCCACACCCUCAGGAUAUCGAAGCCGUAUUGGAUUCAAUAUUGAAACGGGAUUGGACUACUGCGUAUUUGACAUUGAACAGAUACAAAGUUGAUAAAGGGUUGGCAUUGAUUGAUUUGAUUACGGGGUUUGUUGAAAUACUUAAUGAUUAUAAAGUGAAGCCAAAGACACGAAUUGAUUAUUUGAAGGGGUUGAGUGAAGUCGAGUAUGGAAUUUCAAAGGGGGGUAAUGAUAAGAUUCAAAGCAGUGCCAUUAUUGGGGUUAUUAAGCAAGCUAUGGAGAAUGAGGCAAAGUAG